GAGGGGACGGAGGGAGCGAUGGGCUUGAUAGGGAAGGGCGGAGCUGCGAGCAGCGGGCAAAGUGCAGCCUCUGCCGUUUCCGCUUCGCUCUUUCCCCCCAACAUCAUCAUCAUCAGCAACAUCAUCACCAUCAGCAGCAUCACCGUCACCGCCCUCCCCCAACGGAUCUUGAAUUUAUCCGCCACGACCGCGGAGAGGAUUGUGGGCGCCCUGAGAUCUACGAGGACAAGAGGACUAACACAAACACGGGGAGAGUGAGAGAGUGAGAGAGAGAGGGAUACAGUGAGACUGACACACACCGUGGGAGGGACGCAAGGUGAGACACAGACGCGGGGAGAUGCAGGCCUGCGGGUGAACGGGGCCUACGGGGUCCCGCAAUGUGUUGAGCCGAACUACGCCAGCGCUGACAGAGACGACUGCGUGAGAGAAGGAGCUGCUGCUGCUGCUGUUGGCGUCGGUGUUGAGAGAGGGAGGCUGCGGGUCCCCAGGGGGACCCCCCGCCCGCCACCCACCCCCGGCCGGCGAUGGCGAAGGCGGCGAGGAGGCGCCCCGCGUGGGCCGCGAGGGUGCGGGACGUGGCGCUGUGGCCGGGCCCCGCGGGGACCCUGGGCCUGGAACUGAGCGGCGGCUCCGAGCGGGGCCUCUUCGUGUGCGUGGCGUCGGCGGGGGCCGAGCGCUGCAGCGGGGAGCUGUGCCCCGGGGACGUGGUGCUGGAGGUGGACGCGACCCCCGUGGCCGGGUUCAUCCUCCACGACGCGCGGGCCCUGCUGCUGCAGCGCGCGCUGCUGCAGCAGCCCGUGCGGGUGAAGGCCGUGAAGCCCGGGAAAGACAUCAACAAAGACCUGAAGCUUUACCUGAACCAGCGCUUCCAGAAGGGCUCGGUGGACCACGACCUGCAGCAGACCAUCCGCGACAACCUCUACCUGCGCACCGUGCCCUGUACGACGCGGGAGCCGCGUGACGGGGAGGCCCCGGGUCUCGACUACGACUUCAUCUCGGUGCACGAGUUCCGCCAGCUUGAGGCCCAGGGCAGGCUCCUCGAGAGCGGCACCUACGAGGGGAACUACUACGGGACACCGAUGCCGCCGGAGGAGCCGGGCGUGGACCCCGCCGGGAGCCCCGCAGAGGCCACGUGGAGGCCGGGCUCCCUGACCGCUCGCAGGCGCAGCAAGUCUGUGAGCAACAUGGAGCCUGUGGGCACAGGGGCCGCGGGCAGCGCGAGCCCGGGCACCCCGCGCGAGCACCCGCACUCGCCCAUCAACAGCAGUGAGACGGCCAGCGUGCUCACAGACUCGAGCGAGCACGACGAGCAGCAAUCGCAGCCGCAGCCUCCGCACGCGACCCACGCGUGCUAUGCGCGGGGCGGCACAGACGAGGAGGAAGAAGAGGAGGAGGAGGAGGAAGGUGACGACGUGAGGAGCAGGAGGAGAGGAGGGGAGCUCGACGAAGGGGCCCUCUUGCCCCCCGCGCACCAUGUGAACGCGGGGAUGGACGACGACGAUGAGGAUGACGACAGCCCCAUGCCCGACAACUGGGAGAAGACACGGACAGAGGACGGCACGGUCUACUACAUCGACCACAGCACCAAGACCACCACGUGGCUCGACCCUCGCCUCAAAACCCAGCUCAAGGCCCCCGAGGACUGCACCGAGGAUGAGCUGCCGUACGGUUGGGAGAGGAUCGAAGACCCGGAAUACGGAGUCUACUACGUUGACCACAUCAACAAGUGCACGCAGUACGAGAACCCCGUGACAGAGGCGAAGAAACCUCAACCAGCAGGGAAGCCGUUCUUUACGCGCGACCCCACGGAGCUGCGCGGCUCCUCGCUGAGCUCGCGACUGCAGAAAAGUCAACGCGGCUUCGGCUUCACCAUCGUGGGUGGCGACGAGCCCGAGGAGUUCCUGCAGAUCAAGAGCCUCAUCCCGGGCGGCCCCGCCGCCGCGGAGGGCCUCAUGGAGACCGGAGACGUGAUUGUGCGGGUGAACGACACGUGUGUGCUGGGGCACACGCACGCCCAGGUGGUCGAGAUCUUCAAGUCGAUCCCGAUCGGGCAGCACAUCGACCUGGAGCUGUGCCGCGGCUACCCGCUGCCCUUCGACCCCGACGACCCCAACACGCACCUCGUCAAGUCGGUGGCCAUCACGGAUGAGCCGGUGUUCGUGAACGGCGGGCGCACGAUGAGCUUGCGCAGCGCGCGCUCCUACGUGCCGGCGCCCGAGUACCGUGGCGGCACGCGGCCCGGCAAGAUGAACCUGCCGCAGGACAAGGCGCUGGCGAUCACGUCGCAGCCCGAGCUCAUCACCGUGCACGUGGCCAAGGGCGCGAGCGGCUUCGGGUUCUCGAUCGCGGACGGGCCGAGUGGACAGCGCGUGCGGCAGGUUAUGGACGCCCAGCGCUGCCGGGGCCUCAAAGAGGGCGACCUCCUGCUCGAGAUCAACCGCGAGGGACUGCACGGGGCCAAGCACGCGCAGGUCGUGCAGAGGCUCAAGGAGUUCAACGUUGGCAGCACCGUGACCUUCCUGAUCGAGCGCGGGGGAUCCUACCCUCAGAAGAGUCCCAAGCCGGGCCCGAGGCGGCAGGCUGUGCCUCAGUCGAGUCAGCUCUCGGAUGUGCUGCUCCCAUUGCUUGUGAACCAGGGAAUGACACGUGGCGGCGGUGGCGGUGGCCGCUCCGGCUCCCCCACUCCCUCCAGCAGCCCCGACAGCCGGCACCCGGACGCAUACCGCCUGUACCGCGAGUCUCGCUCUAUCUUCGACAGCAAGGCGGCGUCCGACUACAGGGAGAUGGACAUCCUGUUGCGGCGGCACGAGAGCGGCUUCGGCUUCCGCAUCCUCGGGGGGAACGAGCCUGGAGAACCCAUUGUGAUCGGCUCGAUCGUGCCCCUGGGCUCGGCGGACGCGGAUGGGCGCCUGCGCACGGGGGACGAGCUGGUGAGCGUGGACGGUGUCGCCGUGCUGGGCCAGUCCCACACGCACGUCCUGGGCCUCAUGCAGCAGGCGGCCAAGAAGGGCGACGUCAGCCUCACCGUGCGGCGCCGGGGCUCGCCCGCAGAGGGAGAGCAGUGGCAGGGGCACGACUCGUCGAAGCUGCUGCACGGGGAGGGGUUCCCGGGUGGCCAGCCGGGGUCGGGGAGCGCACGCGCCCCGUUCGGCGGGGACGGGGCCUACACGGGCGGCACGCGUGACGUCCUCCUGCACCGCGGGGACAACGAGGGCUUCGGAUUUGUGCUCAUCUCAGCGCUGCCUUUCCCAGAGAGCAACGGCACUCACGGGGAUGGGGAUGUCCCGCACAAGAUCGACCGCAUCGUGGAGGGCAGCCCAGCGGCGCGCUCGGGCCAGCUGGAGGUGGGCGACCGCAUCGUGGCGGUGAACAAGCAGCCCAUUGUCCACCUGAGCCACGACCAGAUCGUCAGCCUCAUCAAGGCCGAGGGCAACACCAUCCUCCUACGCAUCGUGCCUGCCCGUGACUCGGCUGCCCUCUCCCCCAUCAACGACGACGACAGCUUCUCCAGCAGCCAUGCGUCCGGCACUUUCCGCUCCGCAGACACGCUGGGGCCUGACCCUCGCAGCAGGAAGGACGUGAAACCCGACCCCAAGUCCUCACAGGUGUCCAUGUACUAUCUGGUGGACCUGGAGCGCGGCCCCUAUGGGUUUGGGCUGAAGCUGGACGGCGGCCGCGAGUUCAACCGCGACCUCGCCAUCGUGUCGCUCGCUCCCGACAGCCCCGCCAUGCGCAGCGGCAAGAUACAGGUGGGGGACCGCAUCAUGGAGAUCAACGGGGAGAGCAGCAAGGACAUGACGUACCAGCGCGCGAUCGACGCCAUCAAGGCCAGCGGGCGGCGCGUACACCUGCUCCUCAAGCGACGCGGCGCACCCGUCACGGACUACGAUCCCGACUCCUCGCGGAGCCCAACGGCUCCUCGCCGCGCCACCUUCGGCUCGCCGGCCGCCUCGGUCCCCACCGGCGCUGGCGGCGGCUCCACGUUGCCCCCCCGCGUGGAGCGCGGCGUCGACCCCCACGCAGCCCGGCUUCAUGCGCGCGAGCGCGUGAGAGACAGAGAGAGGGAGGCCGAGGCGAGGGAGCGACAGUGGGAGGAGAGACAGCAGGAGAGAGAAUGGCAGCAGGGGAGAGAGAAGGAGAGGGAACGGGAAAAGGAACGAGAAAAACAGAGUGCGCGAGAGAGGGAACGAGAGGAUAGGGACAGGGAAAAGGAGAAGGAAAGAGAGAGGGAACGGGAAAAAGAGAGAGCACGGGAGAGGGAACGAGAGAAGGAGAGGGAACGAGAGAAGGAGAGGGAACGAGAGAAGGAGAGGGAACGAGAGAAGGAGAGGGAACGGGAGAGGGAACGGGAACGGGAGAGUGUGCGUCAGGAGAGAGAGUUGAUGGAGAGGGAGCAGGAGAGGCUGAGGUUCGCUCGGGGCAAGGAGCAAGACGGCGUUGUAGCCAGCAAGUCGAGCGUGCAGGACGAGGUCGACCACCAGACGUCGAAGUAUGUCGGAAAGCAGCAGCAGCAGCAGCAGCAGCUCCGGCCCCCCAGGGAGAAGACCGCGGACGCGCUGGACGCUGCCGCACAACGCGUGGAGCCGAGCGACGGUGGCGGCGGUCGUCCACGGAGGACGGAGGCCGGGCCAGAGACAGAGUUGCUGGGCCCGGGGUCGGCGGAACGAGGCGACGCAAAGCCUCGCGUGGACAGCGCGAGCUCGGGCUGGACCGACGAUGGCACGGGCCGGAGGACCCUGGCGCCGGGGCCCUGGAAGGUGCCGGCCUCCGACAAGUACCCGGCUCCGCUGAAAUCGUCACGUGGGAAAACGAGCAGGAAGUGAGGCGCCGGGUCGAACGGCGCCGCGCAGCAGCGGUGGUGCCCAGAGGUGUGGGAAGACAGCGGCGGAGCGUGACGCCCGCCCGCCCGCCCGUGCAUUGACACGGAUGACCUAAAGGCGUUUGGCCACUGAUCAGAAUUUAACUUUUUUUUAUACAAAGUCUGGGGAAUGUCACCGUGCGUUGUGUCGCCAUGGCCUCUGCUUAAGUGAUUACUGUGGCUGCAAGGGCUAAGCAGUGUGAGCGAAGCGGUUUAUUGUGGGUACAGCACUGCUGAUGACUGCCACGGGGACUGCACCAUCCCUGCUCUCCCUCUCGAGUUUGACUCCAUCUCCCCACCCAGACCCCUGAAGACGCCACCGGUUCCCCUCUGCGUCCACCCUCUCUGUCGCAAGACGCCGCAGGCUCAGCGGAGACUGCACGAGUCCCAAACGGGGGGCUCCGCUUUCGUCUCGGUCACGUGGCCCACUCGGCGCACGUCCUGCCAUCUGCGGUGAUGGGGGGAGCGGCCGUUUCUGGUUUUCACAGACACUGCAUUGAGAAGGCAAAGUCAUAAAAUUAUCACAACCUCAACAACCUUUACUCGAACGCUCGAAUCAUUCCACAGGGUCACCCACGGCCUUUCGUGGGGGAGGUUGAAAUUCGCUCCGCGUCCGCGAGCGCCUUCCCCAUCGCAGCGCCCGGCCGUCUCACCGCUCGUCAUCGCCACGAAUUCUUCAGCGGCGUUCGGCGGCGGGUGUCGAGGUGUCGUGCUCCCUGCGCGCAAGGGACGGGGUCUCCCUGCGCGAUGCGCGGUGAGGUCGGCACAGCAGAGCGCCGAUCUCUGUCGCCAUCCUCACAACCGUGGCGGUCCGGCCGGACGGCGACGAGGAUUGUCGCUUCUAUCUGGGAUUUCAGAAGCGGUGGGGGGGGGGCUUCCCAGAAAAUGUAGAAUUUUUCUUAAAAUAAAAAUUAAUAGUAAGCAGAAGCGGCUCCUCUGAGAUGCAGUUCUACUUCACAUUAAUAAUACAAUAAGCAGAUGGGAAAUAUAAACCUGUCACGAAGAAAUUUUUAGCAAAUAUGCACAUAUUGACAUUUUCUAUGCUUUGCGGAAACUAACCCAACACAGUGUUGAUUUAAAACUCAAGGGAUUCACGCUAAUAACGCAGUAAGCAAUGGGAAGUGAUGCAAGUCGAUUUGCAGAUGUGAAUCUCGGUACGGCAUCGUAUGCUGUAGUGGCCACACGUUGAACGUUUGCUGGCAGUUGCAGCCCAGGAUGCGUGUGGAUUGGCUCGCUGUCAUUGUGAUUGGCCGAUUCAGAGAAGGCAGCAAGAGACUCUCAGCCCUUGCUUGGGCAAUGUCACCUGGUACAGUUGGAGCCGUUUGCCUCGCUCACUCGCAGGAGGCGGUGAGAGCAGUCGGACUCCCGAAGGAUGGCACCGUCGCGGACCAGAGGAAGUCUGCGUAGCUCCGUGUGCGCGACGCACGCUACGUCACCACGGUUGUGACGGUUCGGGCGAUCCUAUGAUUGAGUGCACGUGCAUGUCCGUGCGAGUGUAUGCGUGUGCCCAUCGGGCAAGCCCAUGUGCACAUUUCUGACAUUUUGUCAGAAAGUGCUGCCUCCUUUAAAGGACUGGCGUGGCCCGUUUCGUUUAUAUUCUGUUUGGAGAUGGUUUUUACAAAAUAAUGCACGUACUGAGACACGGUGGUUAUGAACAAUAGUAGCAUUUGCACUGAGUGCGCGUGAGACGCUUGACUGGACCCGAGGCCUCGGUUUAACAAGCGACGCCGGCGCGGGGCACGGCAGUCAACGCUCCCGGCGUCCAUGUGUGGACGCGCGGGUCCCCUGGGGAGGUCACCAAUGGGACUCGUGUCCGCUGCGCCAACCGUGGUCACACGUUGUCCACGUGCGCAAGCAGCAACAGCAGCAGCUGUUUACGACGAUCGGCUCCACGCUACCUCAAUCGCCUGUUCUCACUGGCACAGGUGCUCGCACUCGUAGUGGGCUUGCUUUGGCCAGCACGCCCGUUCAAACGGCGUCCAUUCACUCACGGCGUCAGCGUGAUUUUAUCCGAUCAUUUGCACAGAGCUCAAACGUGCGUUCCUGUGUGGACUCGUCGUACAAUGUCCCACUGUACCUUGCAUUUGUUGCGUUUGGCCUUGAGAGGGUUAUUGUGACGGCAUAAACAAUGAUCGGUCAAAUAGCAUGGUUUCCCGCACUUCCGAUUAGCACAGUUGGCUACGUACGGUGAGAAAGAAGUUCACACCAGUCGCCUGGUUUAUAAUUUUUUUGGGACUCUGCUACCCUUCCAUCAAACUGUUUAGAGAACAUCCGCUCCCACUCACACUGGGGAUUUAAAAGUUUGAAUUGACAUCUCCUUAAUUCUGAUUAAAGAACCAGGUGAGGUUUUCUCCAGCCACUGAGAAUUGUCAUCAAAUGGAAAAAAACAAUUCAAGAACACCGGGUCAGCUGCUGAUGCCGAACUUUCAAACCCACCUAAUGGGACACCCAGCCGCUCACCGAACGUUUAAAUAAUUUAAAAAGGGAUUUAUUAAAUAUCUCAAGUAACAUGAAUUCCUUUAGCCGAGCAGUUCUCUGCACAAACAGAACCUUUGGCGCAGUUUUGGCAGAACUGAUACUCGUCAGCAAGAUGUCACCUGUGAAUUUGUGAUCAGCCCUAACACUCGGCCAUUCGCGAGACUCCUGCGCAUAUCGAAAUGCGGUGCUGCUGCAUGUUUCAAAUUAAUUUUGUUGAACCAGUUGAGAAUCCACCAAGACCAGGAUGAGUCUCAAUUGCAAGAGUGACCCAGGGCAUUAGUCUCCCAGUAGGGCCAUGAUUGCUGCGUGUGAUACAAAUUGAGUAAUUUGCGGUGUCUUUUUUUCACCUCGACGCCAGCACACAAUGGCCUACUCUUUGCGAAUGAUGACACGGGGUCUUUGACGUAGACCGAUAAGCAGAAUGCGCGUAUUAUUACGGUUGUUACACCAGUAGUAAUAACCAGGGCGGCCACUGGAUUCAAAACGGAACCUGUGCAACGAGCGGCGAAUGCGCCACCCCUUGACCACUUGUGCAUCUAAUUCAUUGCUUGGCAAAAGAUGAUGAGGCAACGUCUUCUGAAGAACUUACCGAGGUAUGGAAUGGAAAUAAUUAUUAACAAUUCAGGCCCAAGCAUUGCUGAUGAGAAGCAAUGAUGUCCAAACAUGAUCAGGGAUGCCGGGUUUUGGGAAAUCUUUGUAUAAUUUCCAAAGUGUAUAAAGUAUAUCAUCUGGAUCCUAGGUUAAGCCACUGCACUUGGACCCUGUUUUGGUGGCGAGGUUUUGUCCGUCGAGUAUCUAGAGUGCUGUGUGAUCCGGGGUCGGUGUGAGCUGCCCUGGCAGUGUUGGCCAGGUCGAUCGCUCGCAGACUCGUGCGCGGUUCCCGACAGCCUCCGCUGCAGUUUGCUCUCCUCUCGGACUCGGCUCGGGGGAUUGCGUAUUCCGAGCAGUUGUCGUGGUCCUCUAAAUGCACCGCUCUCGCUUUGAUGGGAGCGCCAGGCCUCUCGUUACGUGGAACCGCACCUCGCUCCCACGUGUUGUCUCUUGUGGGGUGAGGGCGGCGAGCGAGCGAGGGCGGAGGCGACGAAGAGCGCCUUCUCAAAGUUCUCUGGAGGUUUGACAAUUGGCGACUUCGUGCACAGCAUAGUCGUGGCCAAAGGUGGCACCGGUACAGGGAUUGUGAAGGAUGUGAAGGCACCGCUCUUGUGGGGUGAUGACGACAAUCAACGUGUAAAGCUUUAUCUCACAAACUCGAGCCAUGCCCCCCCCCCCCCCUCCUUCUUUGUUUUCCAGCAAAGCCUUCUGGUCGCGCAAUUCUCCGUUCUCUAGCGCCGUGGCCUCCGUUCCACGCGGCCGCAUCUUCUCCGCACAGUGCGAGGCUCCGAUCUCAGAUGCGGUUGCGACGCAGUUUUUUCCCCAGCGCGGUUUUAUAUCUGCAAACGUGCGCGUGCAUGUGUGUGCGUGCGUGUGUGUGCGUGCAUGUAUGUGCGUGCAUGUGUGUGCGUGUGUGUGUGCGUGUGUGUGUGUGUGCGUAAACACAUGAGUGUAGUUUGGCUCCAAAAUGCAGAGACGGCAGCACUUGGACAUGCUCCGAGACAACGAGCAGAGUUUUGUUAUUGAGUCUCUCCCGUUGCUUAACGCGCAUUCAGUAUGCGGCGAGUACUAAAAUUGCACUUUAAAAGGUGAUGUGCUGCCUUGGCAAUGUCUGAUAUGGGAGUGCGAUUCCAGCUGAAGCGAACUACGGAGCCGGCCUCAGCACCGUGGCGUUCACGCGUCGGGCCACACCGAUUUCACGAGUCGCACUUUUGAGAUCACAAACAUUCCUGGACGCACCUCCCCACCCCCACAGGCAUCAUGACCAUGCGUGGCCCGUGCACGCGCGACCUCGGUGGAUUCGCUUGCGUUGACCAUAUUGAUUCGAAAGCAACGGAACCCUUGAGUGUCGCUUCUGCUGCUGCUGCCAGGGCCACGAGGAUAGGGUCAACCAGAGGGGCAUCGCUUAUUCCUUGCCAUGCUCCUGCACCUCCACUCGUCCACCCGACCCCGUCCCUCGCACCAACAUUCCGAUCGUUUCUCCAUGCUGUAUGGAAAAAGCAGCGGCCGCUGGGUUGCUAGGUAUGGUCGUCACCUGUCAGGAUUUGACCUGGACAUUCUGGGAAAUGGAAACGCAGUCUGGAAAAGGUGGUAACCCAAGUGCUAGGCCUGGCUGACACAUGUAUUCAGCGGAAAGCUCCCUUAAUGGACACGGAUUUAGACAAUGAAGGGAAUUUCUCAUUUGAGAUUUUUUCAUAUUCUGUAUAAACACCGUGGGAAUGGUUCUCGAGACCACACUGGGGUAUGGCGAGCGGGUGGUGAUGCUGAAGCCGUGAACACAGCUCACGCAGGGGGGAGCACACUGAGUGACGUGCAGCUGUAGCCCAACACCACCACUGCCGCACGUCCACACCUAGGUAGGAUCCUUCCUCGUGUCCCUUGUAUAUUAUUCCAACCAUGGUACUCAUUGUUUAUACUCUCCGUAUACUGUAUAUGCAUGUAACGAAGGUACGGCGUAAACGACAGCAUUUGGAACUUGAGAUUUUUACAUGGCCACCAGUUGGCGUUAACGUGAAUGGCGCGCUGUAUCGUGCGGGUGGGGGCGUCUUCUGUGCAAUGCCGGGCGGCGCCGUGUGGCCUCGCGGGUCACCACCCACAGCACCGUGGCACGCGCCCCGUCGGGAAACGGCCAAGGGGACAUUUUCCCUCCUUGUGGGGGCCACCGUACACCGCUGGUCCUCUGGGUUGCAUGGGCACCGGCGCUGUGGAUUUGUGGUGCCCCAGGCAUAGGGUGGGGGGGGCCCUGUGCUGUGGGGAAGCACACGAGGAAGUGUUUCUGCUUGCCCUUGAAUGCGCUGCGCAUUGCGGAUUUUGGUACAAAUCGUAUGUGCAAACACUUUAUAUGAAUGGUGAAUGCUCGUGUGCGCUGCUGCCCGGGGUGGUGCAUCCGGCGUCCUAUCGUACAGGAUGGCAGCGGUAGGCUCUGGCGAAGUUUAUUCCAUAACGGUACAAGGUGUGGGACACUAACUGUUGAAUUCUUAUAUUGAUUACGUAUAUAUUACAAAAGGACUGGAUUCCUUGAAAAAUCUCAUUAUAUUCAUAGGUGAAUAGACCAAAUAUGUUAUGUUUAUUUGUUUAAUGAAGAGUGUUUUUAAUGUUUUGUAUGGCAGCUGGUAAGUUUAUAUUUGAAACAAUGGAAAUUCUGAUGAUUUUGAGUAAAUAUAUAAACAAAGAAUAUUUUAUGCUAAAAAGUUAUACCCAAAAUGCAACUUAGUGGUGUUACCGGGGCUGUGAUCCAUGCAAACGCUACAAGCACUGAUUUCUUAUUCCAAGCCAUCGUUUUCCAACUUAAAUUUGCUAACCCAUCUUGAGCAUCCUGCAUGCGUCCGUUGGGCACUCCUUGGCAGGCGGUGAGCCACUGCGUUCAGAGGUCACCUAGUGCGGGGCUGGUCAGGGGAGUGUGUGGGACCGGCUAUACCUACACUUGUUUCACUUGCAUUCACUCGCCGCGGCUGCAUCCUUCUGGCUCCUACUCGCCUGCCUCGCCGCGCAAACGGCAGCAGCAGGUGCCUUUGGCAAUCGGCACAGGCCUGCCACGGUCAGCCAAGCUGUGUUUACACGAGGGCGCAAGGCCACAACGGACUUGCUCUCAACCAAACCAAUUCUAACUAUGGUUAAGGUUUAGAAAGCCCUGCCAAAGUCCAUACUCUUACGCUACCACUGCCCAUACCCACGUGGGUUUAUUUAUACGACCACAAUCUAGAAUUCAGACAUCCCACUUGUAGUAAUCUCCCGUUGAAUCUUGUUUUUUUUUUAAAGCAAAAGUCCUACAAAAUGUCCACCACAGAGAACCUCCCUGAUGUAAGGAUGCCCUGGUAAUUUCUCUGCCUGACUUUCGACCUUCCCUCUCUGUCCUCCCUGGAAACGCUAAGUACUCCCGUCACACCAGAAGCUGCUUCAGGGCUACCAAGUGUUUGUCUCCAGUCCACGUUGAGAACUGACCCAUUGCACGUUCUGAUCAAGUAGGUGUUCUGAAGGGCCCUCGUGUAGGCACAACUUUUAGUCUCAUGGAACUGUACGAUCGCACUCCUUUAUGCAAAGGUUUUUUCCCGGUACUCUGGUGUUCUCGCGACACAAACAUGUAAAAAGAAAAUUUGCUCGCGUCUCAAUCGGUACACGGAUAAAUAAUUGCCUAGCCCAGCGAGGCUUCCCAGGGUCAAUCGCAACUUGUAUUUAACUUGCAUCCUGUAUUCACGCUAAUCACUCUGGACAUGCAUGGGGGGGGGGCAUUGCAGGUUAUUAUGGACAUUUCUUUAAAGCGACCAAAAUUACGUGUACAGUUUAAGUGGUUUCUCUUCAAUUGUUACAUUUUCCGUUUACAAGACCCACCUGCAGACUGCACUGGUAGAGUGUCAUCUUUUGCAAACUCCUUACAGCUCACAGCCUUGCACCCUAAUAUAUUUUUACUGUUAUUUACCGAGUGUAUUCUGUAUACAUGGACCCAAGCUUACGGAGUGAUGAAUUAUUUGAAAUGCGCAAUCUCGUCUGCUCUGGUUUAGUUUUGUGUAUACGGAUUAAACUUCACUCUCGGACAGCG